CUCAAUGUCUGAUAAGAACAUCUAAAGAGGAACCGGAGCAGGAAAUAAAGCAAAAGCUGAAGAAUCCGCAGCGUCUGCAUCACCUGCAGAACAAGACAAGCUGAAUUAAAAUGCUGAAAACGUUUUUUUACGUGUUGGUGUUUCUCGCUGUCUUCAGCCUGGCCUGCUUUGCUCUGUUUCUGUUUUACUCCGAGAACAGAACAUUCAUUUUUAUCAUAGCAUUCAACAGAACCGCGAACCCAGAAGAACCUGCAGAUCCGACAGUCCCACCAAACCCCACAGGAAGUUCGGGGAGGACUUUGGAUCCGUGCCCCGACGUCCCUCCGGGCCUGCAGGGAAUUCUACAUGUGGAGUUCAGAACCAAGCGGACCCUGCAGGACGUCCGGAACCACGUCGGCCCGGACCUUCAGCAGGGAGGCCGGUACCGACCGACCAGCUGCAGGGCGAAACAAAAGGUGGCGGUCAUCGUCCCGUUCAGAAACCGGCAUGAACACCUGGCCCACUGGCUCUACUACGUCCAUCCGGUCCUGAUGCGUCAGCAGCUGGACUACGGUGUGUACGUCAUCAACCAGGACGGAGACGGAGUGUUCAACCGGGCCAAGCUCAUGAACAUCGGAUUUGUUGAAGCACUGAAAGAAUACGAUUACGACUGUUUUGUCUUUUCGGAUGUAGACCUGGUGCCAAUGGAUGAUAGAAACCUGUACAGAUGUUCUGAUCAUCCUAGACAUUUGUCUGUCGCUGUGGACACAUUCAAGUUCGUCCUGCCCUACACCACCCUCUUCGGAGUCUCAGCGUUGUCCAAACAGCAGUUCCUUAAAGUCAACGGCUUUUCAAACACCUUCUGGGGCUGGGGGGGUGAAGACGACGACAUGUCGCAGCGGAUCUCUUACAGAGGGAUGUCCAUAUCCAGACCAGACUCCGUCAUUGGGAGGUACAAGAUGAUAAGACAUGAUAGAGAUUCUCACAACGAUCCAAACCCAGUAAGAGUCGAGAAACUGAGAGAAACGUAUUUUAAUAUGGGCAAAGAUGGGCUUAAUUCUCUGGAUUACACAGUCAAGGAGAUUAGGAAGAAUUUAUUAUACACUUUUGUUUCAGUGGAUGUUUAGGGUCCAGCAGGCUGAUGUGGAUCCAGAUGUUUCUGUCUCAGGGUUCAAUCAAAGCAAAACUCAACUUAAAACCAGGAGAACAAAAACUUUGUCCGAUCUGGUCAGUCCUGCAAUCCACAGUACAAAUGUUUUAUAACGUUCAACUCAAUCCAAACUGGAAACUAUGCAGCAAGCAUGUGGCGACUGUGGACAGGAACAUCCUACAUUAAACGGGUUGAAGCCUCCAGCAGAACCACCUGGUGGAUCAGGAAGGCGGGUCCAUUUUAUGAACUGACAGAACUGGAUCUUCAGACCAAAGUAAAACUGGUUUUACUUGAUUCUCCUAAAUUCAGCCAUGAUGUUUGAUUCAAACCCUGAGGAGCAAAAAUGGAUUUUAAUUUAAAUCAUUUUUAUAUACUGUAAACGGUAAAGGGAAGGACUUUAUUAAAUAAACAAAGAGGGAUGAUAUGUAAUGA